AUGUCUGAUACCUCGGAUGCGCCACUACCCCAGACCCAAUCCCUUCGCCGGUCUGCGACUCUUCCUUCCAAACUGAUUACCCGACCCCGGCGGCAAUCCGAGUCGCUGAGGCCCUCGGAGAACGAUCUCUUCUACCACCCUUCUGCCAAAGUCGUCCAUUUUGCCCCUAGAGCGCUCGCCCCAAUCCCCUCCAGUACUGCGCCCUCCGACUUCGACUAUCCUGUUGAUACUGUUGAGACACUUCCUUGGAGGUCCCCUACUGAACGAACGGUCGCUCUCGGCCCCCUUCGCCUGGAGAAUGUCCACGGCCUUACUGUCUUCCUCAAGUGCGGCAAUGUCGUCCAUGCCAUCCUCAAGAACUCGCAAUGUUGGUGUGUCGACGGCGAGUCAACCUUUGUCUUGCGCAUUCGCCCUCUGACGUACUAUCGCAUCGAACUCCCCGCCGACACCGACGACAACAAGGUUUUAGUCACGGAGAUGAAAAAUGUUCUGCCCAGGGUCCUCCGUUACGAAGUGACACCAUGCCCCUUCAAGAGAGGUUUCACCGUUGAGAUACCAGAGGAGGCUAAAGCGCCCCGGAGGAAGAGGGCAUGGCGUCCCAAAGGUCGUCGCGAAAGUGCCCCAAUCAGUUCACUCUACUACCAUGGACUGUCCAAGUCAAAGGAGGACCUCACAAAAGACCCAGUCAGUGCCGGAGAAGACACGGAUGGCGAGGCGACGGAUGACAGCGGCUUUUCGACCAAGGCCAGUAACAGUGCCAGUAACAGUACUAUCCUGGAGACUAUUCCGGAUGACAAUGAAACUCCGGAAGCGCCUCAGACAUCCGAACAAGUGGAUUUACCUAAGCGCCCAGACCCAGAACCCGAACAGAAUUUCCAGACCUUGCUGGCAAGGUUUGAAGACAAUCCCAAACAACAGGUUGACCCUGAAACAACGUUUUCAUCGAGCGUUGAAUCCUUCCACUCCCUUGGACCAUCGUUAUCUACAUUACCCGAACUUGACGCCUGCUCUACGCCUACAUCGACGGAGGGUACUGAGCAGUUCCAGUCCGACCAUAGUGACACUCAUUCGCCUUCUGAAGAACAGCCCUUCCAAGAAACGGAGCGCUCGAGAGACAGACUAUCAGUGUAUGUCGACUGCUGGGAUGACUUGUCGUCCGCAUCGCACGAUAUGCCUGGAGCCUUCCACGAGCGUGAAGUGAAGCCGACUCCGACUAUAGUCCCUGACAUUCAACGUCCAGUCGCAUCCCGCACCGGAACGACCGACUCGAACCCCAACCUCAGCAGCAUGAGCAUCGAAUUCCGCCGACGCUCCAAAGCAUCCCUUGAGCGCGAAGUGUCUCCUAUGCCGCCUGCAUCGUCUUUGGCAGUUGCAAGACCUGAAAAACACGAUGCGGCGUCGCUUAUUCAUAAAACCGCCACACUGGUCCUGGUUCCCCCAAUCCAGCUACUUGUGGUUCUUAUCCACAUUGCCGCGCGCAUUGUUAUCGGCCCAGCCUUGGAAUCCGCGAUGGGGGAACUGAACCGGAAGAUCGAGUACGAGGUUGAUCAUGCCCAGGACACUGUGGAUGACUUCGACUUGCCUCUCCCUGACCGAUCCGGGGUGUCUACGGAUGAGAACUCCAACUGA